AGUUCAUCCCAGCAUCCUUUGGGUAUCGUGGCAACUGUAAAUAUGGCGAUGUGUCGCCAAGAAUUUCUGUCGAAAGAUAUUUAUUAAGGAGUGGGGAUAUUUCAAACAUUGGACUGGCGUGUAAUUUUCUAUAUUUUUCUUGUACUCUAUGUGUUGAAUUUCCUAGAAUAUUGACUGCUUAAAGGAGUGUGUGUUUAGAACGGCAGUAUUCGUGGUUUGAAGGUCGGGUAGUCAACGAAAAAUCUGUCUUCGAGGAUCGCGCAGCGCGCAGUGCAGUUUUAGUUCGACCAUCGAGAAGUAACGAUUAUCUGGGCCGACAGCGCCCCGGCAAAUGGAGCGGGAAGUGCGACACUAUCAGAUUCACUGAGCGACGCUUACAGUUACACACGGACCAUCAUCAAACACCAGCAAACUUUUGAUUUGUUUUAUUAUAUAGGAAAAAUUCAUCGUAGAUGCAUGUGAAACAAGAUAUUGACUUAUUCUCUCCUCGAACUUAAAUUUUAGAAUAAAAAGUGAAGUUGACUCUUCAACUCAUGAUCAAAAGUUAUUUCCAUUUCAAUUUUCAGACUUUCGAGUUUCGUCUUUUGACACUCGUACUCGUACUGUAGAUCCAGCUUUGUCUAACUUAGACUAGAUCUACACGUAGGCCCAUAUUCUUUUCCUUGGAAACUGCAGUGCACGUGCAAGGUGUUGAAAUCUAAUAAAAUAAUUGGCAUGAGCCAUGAUGAUGAAAUCAUUUUAAUCGAGUUGAUAAAGCAAUUAAAAAUAGAGUAACUUGGGAACCUUGGCCUCGGUAACGUCGUGAGGAUGACAACAAAAAUGGCAACACAACUUCAACCCAAACCACCUGUGCCAGUUGUCGGGCACAUUAUUACAGAUGAGGAGAUGGGAUUGAAAAAGGGAAUGAAGAUCCAGCAGGUUAACUUUGUAAAGGUCAUCAAGCUUCUUACAGAUCCACAUUCAGUUGCUCUCUAUGAAAGACACAACCAUGCUCUUCAGAGACUCAUUAGACACUACAGUGCUGGAUUUCUUCUCAAAGAUUUAGUGCAAGUAUUUAAAAUCUUGAAUGUGUGUGCUGACCGAAGUCAUGAGCAACCCAUGUACAUCAAGCCUAUGAUUGAGAUGUUAAAGCUAUGUAGCCUUCCUUUCCUUAGGGAAAAAUCUUCAGAUGAAACUACUUACUCACAGAUCGUCAUAGAGUCAUUCUCUCAAUUAGGCUAUUUAAUGAGAGUACCAAACAGAGAAGUGCGUAUCCAGCUUGCCAAUACAUUGGAGGCCAUCUAUACAAAUGACACAAAGGGUCUGCUUGUUCAAGACCACCAGCCUACAACCAGAGCUUACAAUGCAGCCAUGGUAGAAAGAAGUGACAUAGCAGAGACGCUAGUUAAGAGUCUGACGUUACUUGAGAAUGACCUGGAGGUCAAACUGCGGCUGAUGAUCAUCCUGCAGCAUUUCUCCUCCUUCUCUCCUAUCAAUUGUAAUUCCAUGCUGUCAGCUGAUGCUGCAAGUCGUAUAUGCAGCCGAAUGAAUGACCCAGACACCAGUGGAAAGUUAUUAUUCCAUUCCAUUGAGAUUCUGUGGAACCUAAUGGAGAAUGGUGAUAGAGAGGAGAUGGCCCGUCAGCUCAACUCAUUUAUCUGCAUAGAGGCACUAAAAGAUGCUUUUACUCAACAGAUGACAAAUGGCUACAGUCAUUAUGAUAGGCAGUUAAGGAAUGACCUUCUAGUUCUGACAACGCUGGCAGUAGCCAACAAUCCCGAGGCGCCGUUCAUAGAAACUGGUUAUGCCAAAGUUUUGAUCCUCUUUGCCACAUUCCAGGAAGUGAGAAGCCACAAUGCAUUGGUUAAAUACCUUAAAUUAGGAACGAGUCCUGAAGAUUUUGAGCUGAAGAAGAUGUUGAUUAACGUCUUAGUGGUCCUCAGCCAAGAACCUGCCGUUAUUCCGCUCUUAGGGGAAGGUCAUGUGAUCUUAGCCCUCCUAUCAUUCAUCAGGAACAACGAGAACUCCAGCCAGCCGCAGGAGUGGACCCCCGCCCAGUUUGAAGAGAUUCAACUCCAAGCAAUGUCAGCAUUAUGCACCUUAGCGCCGCUCUGUAUACAGGAUUAUAUGACCUGUCAAGGGAAUACAAGGUUACUACUACUGCUAGAAUGGUGUGUGGGUAAAGAUGAUUUUGCUGGUCAUGGGAAUGCGUUCCAUGGUAAAGGUGGACGAGGAAACAAGCGAGCUCAGAUGAGAUAUUGUCUUCAUCUCAUGAGGAGCGUGGUUUCUCUCAACGACAGCGAGGUUAAUCAGGAUCUCGUAGACCAGGGUUCCAUCAACCAAUUACUUGAUAUCCUGUUGAGUGCUACAAGAUCCAGCAUAGAAGAUGAUGCUAUAGAUGUUGAGAUGCAAUGCGAUAUGCUCUUUAUUCUCUCGGUAUUAUGUGAAGGAAAUAUGCAUAGAAAGGAGUUGUAUGGAGAGAAGGGUGUAGAGGUGGUGCUACGGUACCUAAGGACCGAUGCUAAGAAGCUCAACCGAGGCUUGGGACACCAUCGUCUCAUGUUGGCUGCUGUAGAUAAUAUAUGGUGCUGUGUCAUUGGAGCCUACAUCAAUGAGGAUCAGUUCCUAGAAGGCCAGGGAGUCUUUCUACUUCUGGACCUACUAGAGUCCUCAUCCAGGAAUACCCAUAACCUGAGCCUUGGCUGCUUGACGGAUCUCUGUGAGAACCCUAAGACUGUACCUCACCUACUGGCCUGGAAGGGUAAGAAGGAACGGACCAUCGCUAGUCUCCUGGUAGAUAUCUGGAGACAGGAGGAGACCCAUAUGGGUGUCAAGAGGGACGAUAAUGGUAUCCUUACAGACCCAGCUGUACCAUUAAUGGGUAGCUUCCAGGAGGAAGCCGGCAUCAAACCAUUACCAGCAAACCAGCCAAGCCAUGCCAUCACCGACGUCUCAGAGAAUAUGAGAGCCAAGAUCUACGCACUCUUCUGUAAAAUUGGUUAUCAUGAGCCAAAGGGAUUGUCCACAGAGGAGCAGGUCACACUGGUGAUCAUCAAACGGUUUCUGGAUUUCAAAGAGGGUGAGAUCUGGGUUGAGAUCACGUCAGAGCUAGAGCAGGAGAACCUCAGACCAAUCACUCCAGAUCAGGAAUUGCUUGAGAUGUUGAGUAGAUCCAACAAGGAGAUGGCUGAGUCAAUCACUGAAGAACAGAAUGAGCUUCUAGAAUCACAAAGACAACAUGCAUUACUUGAAGAACAGGAGCUUUAUUCAGAGAUCAAAGAGAAUCACAGACAGCGAGAGAAAUCUAUCAAGAAGUGGGGUGACUAUGUGGCAAGAACAUCCAACUAUGCUAUCCUCAAGACUGCUAAAGGAAGACAAGAGAGAUCCAUUGAAGAGUCUAGAGACAAGAACAUUGAUAAUGAGCAUACAUUCCAUGACAUUGAUCUUCCUUCUCUUCAAACAACAACUUUCCAGGGUCGUACGAUCAUGGUUGAUAGCACACCAAGAGAUAUCCUAGAUGGAUCUACACUCAUCACCAGCCACACGGAGGGAGAGAAGAAUCUAACAAUCAACAAACAUGCUUCCAUUGCCGUCUCGUGAAUCACUAUUCUAUAAUACUCGUCACAAACCUUGUGAAACUACUGUAUUGAUUUACUGAUGGGCUUAUUCAACAUCCCCCCACCAAAAAGAAUUACUUUGUUUCAAGUUACAUUUAAAGUAUCUUUUAGACAUACCUUCCCCAAAAACAAAACAAUACAAAUAUACCCAGUCUGUCAGUAAGCCCAAGUUGUAAUUUGUAGAAAAAUUUGCAAUUAUAUCAGUUGUUUCACUAACCAUUUCAUAUAGAUGAUACGCUUUCUGAAACUUGCUGGAAAGUUGAAAAUGGAAAGUUGAUCUACUUGCGAUUUCGAAGUGAAAAAAAUAAGAACUCAGUACCACGUCAUAAUAGAUUUAGGCAAAAGACAACCAAAUGCAUUUUGCAACUUUUAAUAUACUUUCUCCAUGAGCAAAAUCAAAGACUUGCAAGGGAAAAAAAAUAAAUUGUAUUCAUUUGUAUGUUUUGGAAUCUCACAUUGACAAGGUAUUUGAUCACAUUAAAGGCACCUUUGAAUAAUACAUGUCAUGAAUUAUUGUGAUUAUAUGAGAAAGUAUCUUGCAUCUACUACCAAUACUUGAACUUAGUUUACUCAAUACAACUAAUGAAUGGGAAAACAAAACAUGAUCAUGUUAAUACACACAUGUAUUGUGCUCCUUUGGCUUCUCUACUGUUCAGUAAUGAGAUCUUCGAAUAAAAAACUGCUAGCAAACCGUAUGUAGGGCAGAAUUAGGGACGUUGAAUUUGAUUCCUUUGUACAUUCUCCUGUACUAUAUUGUAAAUAUAAUUGUGUGUAUAUACUGUAUAAACUGCUACGAUUUGAAUAGAGAUAUAUAUAUAUUAAAAGUAAUUUAACUAAUAAGCUACAUCUUUCAUCUUUGGAUGCGUCAUGGUGAUGUCUGCAGAGAAGACUACAAACAUGGAUGACAAGCACUGCAGCACCUUGACCCAUACAUACCAACUGUUACUGAAGUACAGUUUAUAUGUACCUGAUUAUUUUGUUUGGCAUCAACAUGUGCCUGGGAGGCAAAAAGCGAACUGAAUCAAUAUGACCCGCAGGUCUCUCCUCUCAAUAUAACUGAUUGGAGGGUUGCAGGUGGACCACUGCACAUGUUCUCCCUAUUUCUAUAUUAGUAACAUACAGAGGUGAUGACUUUCCUUUACACAUAGGUUCAGAACUAGCUUGCAUUCCAUCCAGCACAUCUAGUCUCCUUAGCAGGUUUCACCAUGUUAUACAUCCUUUUGAAUAUUUGUAACUUCUGGAAGAUUUGGGAACUCCAAGUUUGAAUAGAGUAUAUAGGUAUCAAAGGGCAGAUAUAAUCGUUUGUAUUCAACAGUGAUUGCAUUUAAAUACAAUAAAAUAUGCAACAAGAACUGAAAAUUACUGAUGGGCAAUUUCAUAAGAUAAUCACAUUUUUGUAUGUCAGACCUCCAUUUGUUCUGCAUUCUAAAUUCACUUCACAAACUCCUCAAGCCAUGGUAAUUUUUAGGGCAUUAGAACUUGUCAUGUGAAAUAGAGAACAGAGAUAAAUCAUUUCACAAGGUUCUAUAAUUUGAUCCAGAUAAUCUAUAGAAUUGCCCUGCUCUUCAAAUCCUACUUUACAUGAAAUACCUUUCAUUUUAGACUUGAAGCUUACAGUGGAAUGUGAGAUUGUUUCUAUACAAGAAAUCAAGCAUUGAUGUCCAAUAUUGCUAUUAUCAAAACUGCAUGAAUUUUACAACACACUAUCUGUAAUGCAUCAGACUUAUAAUUCUAUGCACAUCUAUUCACGUUUUGAUUGACUUUGAUUGAAUUUUCGAUGUUUCCGUCCAAACACACUUUCAUUUGUAAUUAUGUGUAAUAUAAACUAUAUCAUAUUUUCUAUAUUGAGGAAUGGAUGGAAAAAAUGUAAAUAAAUUCUAUGAAGAGAGAAAUAA